CGCCUGGGGAAGGAGUCACAGGUUCGGCGCACGCGAGUGCUGGGCGCGCGCAGCCGGCACGCGGGCGAAAGUCCUCGGAGGCGCGGCGGGCGGUGCCGAGACCCAGGCGCAGCUGCAGGAGCGGCGGCCCGCACCCGCUGCAGCGCCGGCCGCCGUCAGCGGCCCCCGCGCCUCUGGUGUCCCGGCCCACUGAGGGAGCCCCCCACCCCUCACCCGUUUCAGUAGUGCGCGCAAUGGCCCCGCGCAAGAAUGCCAAGGGCGGCGGCGGCAACAGCAGCAGCGGCAGCAGCAGCAGCAGCAGUGGCUCCGGCAGCGGCAGCCCGGGCGCAGGCACCAGCGGCGGCAGCAGUAGCAGCCCGGGGGCCCGGAGAGAUACAAAGCAUGGAGGACAUAAAAAUGGGAGGAAAGGAGGACUUUCUGGAAGUUCAUUUUUCACAUGGUUUAUGGUCAUUGCAUUGCUGGGAGUCUGGACAUCAGUAGCUGUCGUCUGGUUUGAUCUUGUUGAUUAUGAGGAAGUUUUAGGAAAACUGGGAGUCUAUGAUGCUGAUGGUGAUGGAGAUUUUGAUGUGGAUGAUGCCAAAGUUUUAUUAGGCCUUAAAGAAAGAUCUGCUUCAAAGCCAACAGUCCCACCGGAAGAAGCUGAGCCAUACCCUUGGCUGGGGGAGCAGGUUUCCGAGGGUUCAGGACCUCAGAAUAUUGACGAUGAAGUACAAGAACAAAUUCAGUCCCUUCACCAUGAGGCAGUGUAUACAGAACAUGGAGACGAUAUGCAGCAAGAAGAGGAGGGACCAGCCAGAAAACCACCGCAGGAAGAUGACGAUUUCCUUAUAGGAAGUGACGCAGAUGAUAGAUUUGAGCCUCUGGACGCUGGAGCAUUUCAUGAAGAAAUUGAAGAUAGUUACCAUGUAGAAGAGACAGCUUCACAGGUCUAUAACCAGGAUAUGGAGGAGAUGAUGUACGAACAGGACAAUCCAGAUCCCAUGGAACCAGUAGCAGGCGGCGAGGAGAGAACAUACCAUGAUGCAGAUGACAUUACAUACCAAGACUAUGAUGAACCAGUAUACGAGCCAUCAGAAAAUGAAGGGAUAGAAAGUUCAGAUAACACUGUGGAAGAUUCAAACAUAAUUUUAGAAGAAGCACAUGUGCCCCCUGCCGAAGAACAACAGGAAGUACCACCAGAAACAAAUAGAAAAACAGAUGAUCCAGAACAAAAAGAAAAAGUUAAGAAAAAGAAGCCUAAACUAUUAAAUAAAUUUGAUAAGACUAUUAAAGCUGAACUUGACGCUGCAGAAAAACUUCGUAAAAGGGGAAAAAUUGAGGAAGCAUUGAGUGCAUUCCAAGAACUGGUUCGCAAAUACCCUCAGAGUCCACGGGCGAGAUACGGAAAGGCACAGUGUGAAGACGAUCUGGCCGAGAAAAGAAGGAGCAAUGAGGUGCUUCGUGGGGCCAUCGAAACCUACCAGGAGGUGGCCAGUCUGCCCGAUGUCCCCACAGACUUGCUGAAGCUGACCUUGAAGCGGCGCUCAGACCGACAGCAAUUUCUGGGUCAUAUGAGGGGUUCCCUGAUUACCCUACAGAAGUUAGUUCAACUAUUUCCUGAUGAUACUUCUUUAAAGAAUGACCUUGGAGUGGGGUACCUCUUGAUAGGAGAUAAUAACAAUGCCAAGAAGGUUUAUGAAGAGGUUCUGAAUGUGACGCCUAAUGAUGGCUUUGCUAAAGUGCAUUAUGGCUUUAUCCUGAAGGCGCAGAACAAAAUUGCUGAGAGCAUUCCCUACUUAAAGGAAGGAAUAGAAUCUGGGGACCCCGGCACUGACGAUGGCAGGUUUUACUUCCACCUGGGGGAUGCCAUGCAGAGGGUUGGGGACAAAGAGGCCUAUAAGUGGUACGAGCUUGGGCACAAGAGGGGACAUUUUGCAUCUGUGUGGCAGCGCUCCCUCUACAACGUGCAUGGACUGAAAGCCCAGCCAUGGUGGACCCCAAAAGAAACGGGCUACACAGAAUUGGUGAAGUCCUUAGAAAGAAACUGGAAGUUAAUCCGCGAUGAAGGCCUUGCAGUGAUGGACAAAGCCAAAGGCCUCUUCCUGCCUGAGGAUGAAAACCUGAGGGAGAAAGGCGACUGGAGUCAGUUUACGCUGUGGCAGCAAGGAAGAAAAAAUGAAAAUGCCUGUAAAGGAGCUCCUAAAACCUGUUCUCUACUCGAUAAAUUCCCCGAGACAACAGGAUGCCGAAGAGGACAGAUCAAGUAUUCCGUCAUGCACCCGGGAACCCACGUGUGGCCGCACACGGGCCCCACCAACUGCCGGCUCCGGAUGCACCUGGGCUUGGUGAUUCCCAAGGAAGGCUGCAAGAUCCGAUGUGCCAACGAGAGCAAGACGUGGGAAGAAGGCAAGGUGCUCAUCUUUGAUGACUCUUUUGAGCACGAGGUAUGGCAGGACGCUGCGUCUUUCCGGCUGAUAUUCAUCGUGGACGUGUGGCACCCAGAGCUGACCCCCCAGCAGAGACAGAGCCUUCCUGCGAUUUAGUGUGUUGUACAGGCCUGGGACACACUGGAGAGAGGCUGCCUUUCCGCUUCCAUCUCCUUGGGUGUAGGGACACAGGUUCCAAAUCUGAGGCCCUUGAUUCCUUUGACUUGCAGCCCCAAAAAUUCUGAGGUUCCUCCUAGGAUUAGAAGACACUAAAAGGAAUAUUUGCCUUGCUGCAUUUCAUGUAGAAAGUACUCUGCUGUACUUCCUCCCAUGACGGCACCCAUCUGAUGCCACAUUUUCAGGUGAAUACGGGAUAGCUUCUACCUUGUCAGCCAAAGAUGCUUUCUCCACUUAGAAGAGGCCGAAAUCAGUGUACAAUGAGAAGAUAUGUAGAAACUGUGAAUGGAUCGCUUUAGCUUGUAAUCUUUCUAUGCAAUUAUAUUUUUCUAGGGUAGCCAGGCAAUUUUGUCAUCACGUACCACUACUUUUUUGUUGAUUUUGGUAACGAGCUGUGUAAAUGCUGUUCAAUGGUAACUUUCCCCAUGAACCCAUACGUCCCUCUUUUAAUUAUUUCUAGUGAAAGACACUCAUAAAAGAAGCAAUUAUAUUUUCCUACUACAAAGGAGAAAGAUGUAAUUGUGCUGAUGUCUGCGGACUGUACUGCUUCCUACCAACUGAGUCCAUUUGCUAUUCCAAAUCGUCAUUGAAAGACGGUGUCUUAAUUUCUCUCCUCACCAUGCAAAUGGUAGAGACUCUGUCUUUCUGAGAGGAACUUUUCACACUGAAAGAAGACAUGGAAUUAUUUUAUAUCGAGGUAUGAAAGUGCCACAUGAAAAUUUUUUUAAUGCCAAAAGAAUUAGGACUUGAAAAAGUAACAUUUCUCGGAGUAAAAACGUUCUCUCAGGAUCAAAUAGCGAGGUGGCUGCUAGGACAUCGGGCUCCUUGGCCUCUUUGCCAUCUGAGAAAGGGCUGGAACCCAGAGUCUCCUUGCCUGUUGUAGAUCCACGUGAGUGAGGAGGUCCUUAGGUGGGUCCCCACCACAGUUUUGUAAAAAUAUGAAGGAUGGCAGAGUGAAAGACCUCAAGAAUGCCAGGAUCUUAGUCCUGCGUUUAGGAUGUCCAGAUCGCCUUCCUCUUUGACAGAGUUUGGAAGACUCUUGUGUUUCCCUGGCUUGAGAAACUUCUGCCAUUUAAAUAUAGCUUUGAAGUAGCAAUCGUUGUCCAUAGUUUAGCUUUAAUGUUACGCACGGCAUAGAAAUAACAGUUGAAAAAUGGUUUUGCCUCCUUAUUCCAAAGAUGAUCAAACUUAGAAGAGUAUUAAUGCAUUAAAUACUGCAUGUUUCCAGUCCAAACUAUCAAUGAUAGCUAUGUGAAUGUAAUGAUAUUCAUGUACCUGAAUUUUAAGCCAAUACGAACAAAAAUGCUGAAGAAAUGACACAGCAGUUACCAAAUCUCAUUCACGGGUAGAAAAAAACACUUGUGCUUCCUUUCCAUUUAAGGACAAAGAGGGAUGCUUUAUGUCUUUCAAAAAGAGUUCUUUAACGUUGAAAUGGACCCUUUGGCUUGACGUGAGCUUCCAGUGAGAAGGGUUUGCAAGAUAUUUUGUUCCCGUCUGUUUUGCCAAAACAAUCCCACUAAAAUAGAUGAAGAAGCACACGAGGAAAGUAUCGAAUUACCAAAGUCCAGAAGAAAAAGCAAACUCUUGAAAAUAAAAAGGUGUUGUGUCCUUCAGUAUUUAUUGAACGGAAGAAAUGACUGACAAAGGACAACACAAUCCAAUGCUCCUGUAAGAAUAUUCAUGUCACUUACUGAAUUUGGUUCUUACAUGUAUACCGCAUACACAUAAAGAAAUUUAAAGUAUGAGUUGUCAGUGUUAAACCAUCAUCUUACGUUCAUUUAAUGAAAUCACGGACUAGAGUAAAAACUAGCUCUUGACUUAAUAAUUAUAAUAUGGUAUUUCAAAUCAGGUCACUACAGUAGGUUCUAAAUGUUGCCAAUUGAAAAGCCAGAGUUAUCCUUACUGUUGUACAGUGUUGGCAAUAAUCGACUCCGAUACCGUUUUAAACACUUGGAUCCCUCAACUAUUUUAUAAACACAAGUAAUAAAAUGGAUUUUCUAA